UUCGUCUCUCUGUCCUCUUCUCCCUUCAAACCCUUAAAACCUUCCCUCCCUUCACUCCAUUAACUCUCUCAGUUUUCUUAUUUUUGAAUCCAAUCCCCAAAACAUACAAACACAAUAGUAAACCAAAUUUAUUGUCCCCGAAAGGAAAAGAAAAAAAAAUGAAACUCCCAUUUCUAAACAAGAACAACUCUACAUCUUUGUAUUCGAAUUCAAAUUCAUCAUCAUCUCAUUCCUCUUCAUGGCCAUGGCCUUCUUGUAAUCAAGAACCUAAAACGAUGUCUUUCAGAGCUACCAUCACUUUCACCAAUCCUAUCCACGACCAAGACGAGGAUGAGCUCGACUUCGACCCACCGGAGAUUUCAGAUUCCGUAGAGAAUGUGAUAAAAGGGCUAAGGUCAUCCGAGAGGCUCAUAUUUGAAAGCAAAGGAGAAACCAACUCUAUACUUGAAGAAGCUACGAGUAAGCGAGAAGAAAACAAAGAAGAAGAAGAAGAAGGCUUCGUGCUCUUCUCCUUGGAAUCGAACGACCCUUACACUGAUUUCAAGAGAUCCAUGGAAGAGAUGGUUGAAGCACACGCGCUUCACCACGACUGGAAAAGCCUGGAGACGCUUCUCCUUCACUUCUUGAAAGUCAACGCCAAGGCCAGCCAUCGAUACAUUUUCGCGGCCUUCGUGGAUCUCCUAGUGAACUUAGCACUACACACCAAAAAACCCAUCAUCAAUAACGACAUUUCCAAAGACGACGGCGUCUCAGCCUCACGCGCCGUCGAAGCAGCCGGAGAAGCAAGCACUUCUUGCUGUAAUAGUAUGACUCUUGGAGAAUCUCCGUCGUCUCCGUUGUCGUUCUACACGUCGUGUUCUUCCUCUUCUUCCUCCGAUGAGACUUCCUCGACGUCCGUACGAUUCUUGCCGUUGUCUUCAUUGUUAGAGAUGGAUGAGAAGACUAAAGAUAUUUUAGUUUACAAUGCUUAAUUUGUUCUUAAUUAAUUUGUUCUUUAGCUUGAUUAAAAUUUGUGCAGAAUCGUAACUUUGGCUACCCCGACUACACAUGAAAAUGAUGAAUGGUAUUAAUAUAAUAUUGGUAUGUUAUCCUUAUAAUACCUAUUAAUUUUUCCAAUACUGUUAUUGUCU